AUGAAUGCUACAGGGUCCCUGGCUGCCAGCCCCGAGACCUGUCAGUGGCUGGCAGCCGAGGGCCACAGCCGGCUGAUCCUGCUACACUACAACUACUCUGGGCGCCUGGUGGGGCGCGGGGACCCUGAGGACCGGGGUCAGGGGGUCCUGCGCUGCCUCUUUGUAGCUGUGAGCUGCCUGGUGGUGCUGGAGAACCUGCUGGUGCUGGCCGCCAUCACCACGCGCAUGCGGUCGCGGCGCUGGGUCUUCUACUGCUUGGUCAACAUCACGCUGAGCGACCUGCUCACCGGCGUGGCCUACCUGGCCAAUGUCCUGCUGUGGCUCUGCGCGCGCCGGGAGGACUACAGCUCCCAGGAGGCAGCGCGGCACGCGGGGCGGGCCGCCGUGCUGCCUGAAGGUCCCCGGGGCGGGCGCGGGCUGCCCGGUGCGAUGCCCGCAGGACCCCAGCGGCUACCCAUGCCGAGCCUGCCCGCCGUGCUGCUGCUCGUGGCGCCGCCGCUGCCCGCCGCCGACGCCGCACACGAGUUCACCGUCUACCGCAUGCAGCAGUAUGACCUGCAGGGCCAGCCCUACGGCACGCGGAACGCAGUGCUCAACACGGAGGCGCGCACCAUGGACGCGGACGUGCUGAGCCGCCGCUGCGUCCUCAUGCGCUUGGUGGACUUUUCCUACGAGCAGUACCAGAAGGCGCUGCGCCAGUCGGCCGGCGCCGUGGUCAUCAUCCUGCCGCCCACCAUGUCCGCUGUGCCCCAGGACAUCAUCCGACAGUUCAUGGCCAUCGAGCCCGAGAUGCUGGCCCUGGAGACCAUCGUCCCCGUGUACUUUGCCGUGGAAGACGAGGCCCUGCUCGCCAUCUACCAGCAGACCCAGGCCGCCUCCGCCUCCCAGGGCUCUGCCUCCGCCGCUGAAGUGCUGCUGCACACGGCCACCGCUAAUGGCUUCCAGAUGGUCACCAGUGGGGCCCAGAGCAAGGCCGUCAGCGACUGGCUCAUCACCAGUGUGGAGGGGCGGCUGACUGGGCUGGGCGGAGAGGACCUGCCCACCAUCGUCAUCGUGGCCCACUACGACGCCUUUGGCGUGGCACCGUGGCUGUCCCAUGGCGCCGAUUCCAACGGCAGCGGCAUCUCCGUGCUGCUGGAGCUGGCCCGCCUCUUCUCCAGACUCUACACCUACAAGCGCACCCACGCCGCGUACAACCUUCUGUUCUUUGCGUCUGGAGGGGGCAAGUUCAACUACCAGGGGACUAAGCGUUGGUUAGAGGACAACCUGGACCACACAGACUCCAGCUUGCUCCAGGACAAUGUGGCCUUCGUCCUCUGCCUGGACACCUUGGGCCGGGGCAGCAGCCUGCACCUGCACGUGUCCAAGCCGCCCCGGGAGGGCACGCUGCAGUACGCCUUCCUGCGGGAGCUCCACGCGGUGACUACGCACCAGUUCCCCGAGGUACGUUUCUCCAUGGUGCACAAGAAGAUCAACCUGGCGGAGGACACGCUGGCCUGGGAGCACGAGCGCUUUGCCAUCCGCCGCCUGCCGGCCUUCACCCUCUCCCACCUGGAGAGUCACCGCGAUGGCCAGCGCAGCAGCAUCAUGGACGUACGGUCCCGGGUGGACGCCAAGACGCUGACCCAGAACACCAGGAUCGUGGCCGAGGCCCUGACCCGCGUCAUCUACAACCUGACUGAGAAGGGGACCCCUCCGGACAUACCGGUCUUCACGGAGCAGAUGCAGAUCCAGCAGGAGCAGCUGGCUUCGGUGAUGGACUGGCUGGCCCAGCAGCCGAGGGCCGCCCAGCUGGUGGACAAGGACGGCCCCUUCCUGAGCACGCUGGAGCACUGCCUGAGCCGCUACCUGAAGGACGUGAGGCAGCACCACGUCAAGGCAGACAAGCGGGAUCCGGAGUUUGUCUUCUAUGACCAGCUGAAGCAGGUGAUGAACGCCUACAGGGUCAAGCCGGCCAUCUUUGACCUGCUCCUGGCCGUGUGCAUCGGCGCCUACCUCGGAAUGGCCUACACAGCCGUGCAGCACUUUGACCUCCUGUACAAGACCGUCCAGAGGGUACUCCUGAAGGUCAAGGCACAGUGACCACCCGGCCACCGCACACAGCCCACGUCCUGCCCCAGCCGGCACGGCCCUCACUCAGGGCUGGGGCCGGACUGCAGAUGGUCCAGGGCUGAGCUGGGCGGUGGGGAGGGAAUCCUCCUGACUGGAACGAUUCUUUUCCCUUCUCUCCCUCGGGACUUUCUGGAGGAGAGCCUGGGGAGCCCCCCCGUGGGCAACCAGGGCGGGGCAGUGCCAGCUGCCAGCCCCACCGGCCUCGGUGGCAGCAGCAGCUAGAGCAAGUGCCACCAGGACGCCCACCGCAGCCUGGGGCCUGGCCUGCAAGGUUCUCGCCCUCGGCCGGGCAGCCGGCCACCCUCGUCCUGCCUCCAUUCCCUCCCCCGCCCUCCCGUCACAGUCCUGCUGAAGCCGUGGCCUUGCUGCCCCAUGCCAGCUGCUCUGGGGCCCAGGCUGGCCAGAGUGACGACAAGCGCUUGGAGGAAGGACGGCCGCUGGCUGGGGACAGUGAGCCCCUGCCCUCGAUAUUCAGAGGGUGGCCUGCUGGGGGCUGGAGGUGACCUGGGGCCAGGAGGCGCUAGCUGGGCAGGAGUUGACCUCAGGGAGACCCACAUGUGUCCAUUCGUGAGCAAUAGAAUUCGUGAAGCUGUCCUGGGGCGCAGGCCCUGACGCCCAGAGAGGUGGCCUGGCUGCCAGUCCUUGUCCUCAUGCAGUCCUGGCUGCCCUGGGACUCGUCCUUUCCCCACCCCAAUGCUGGAGGUCUCCCAAGUCUCCAACCCUCAGCCCAGCCUGGGGUCACAUGGGGUGGGGUGGAGUGGGGGCAGGGGAAGGGUUCUGCCCUCUACUUUCCCUGCCAGCAGGGAUGGGGAUCACCUGAGCCAGGUCACAGAGCAGCCUCCUAGGCUGAGUGUGGCCCAGGUGGGUGCUGGGCUCGGUGGAGUGGGGUCCUCUGAGCUAUUAACACUGAAGUUCCUUCCAGGGGGAGGGGGUCCACGCCAGUGGGGACAGUGGCUGCCCUGGGAAAAAUAAAGCCAUAUUGAACGAUUGA